ACAAAAGAACAAAAAAAUAAAAGAAUCAGUAUCCCCAUUAUAUAGAAGAAGAGAUGAAGAUGAAGAAUGCUAAUAUUGGAGGGUCUAAGAGAAAGCUUCCAUGUAAAGGGCUUACUGGUUUUCUUAAAGAAGGAAGAGGUAGGCUUUACAUAUUCAGAAGAUGUAUUAUCAUGCUUCUCUGCUGGCAUGAUUAAGACUAUGGUUCUGUACCUGAAUUCACCUUCUAAUUAUUGGGAGCUAUUUCUUUUACCUUUCUCCUUUUCUUUAACUUCUCCUUUAGUUUAUGGAGCAUGUAUAGCAAGACACAAUGCAGACUUUUUUCUCUCCUUCCUCCUGUUAAAAAGACCCUUCGAUCACAUCAGUUUGGUUUCUGUC